UGUUUUUAGGUUUCCUUCCUUCUUCCAUCACCUCCUGAUGGCUUCUCGGAGGCUUAUUCAACACAAGAAAGAGGCAUUUUGGUUCUAUAGGUUCAUCUCCAUAUUCUAUGACACUCUUGGAAACCCUCCACACUAUACCGAAGAAAUGAGGGAGGAAGCCCUAGAGCCCUUGGACCUUCAUGACCGGAACUUGAUAGUGGUAGACGUUGGAGGUGGAACAGGGUUCACUACUUGUGGCGUUGUUAAACAUGUAGACGCCAAGAAUGUUACUAUUCUUGACCAAUCCCCUCAUCAGCUUGCCAAGGCAAAGCAGAAGGAACCAUUGAACCACUGCACCAUCAUUGAAGGUGAUGCUGAAGAUCUUCCCUUCCCUACAGAUUAUGCUGAUAGAUAUGUGUCUGCAGGAAGCAUCGAAUACUGGCCUGACCCACAACGUGGCAUCAAUGAAGCUUAUAGGGUCUUGAAACCUGGUGGUAAGGUUUGUAUCAUUGGCCCUGUGUAUCCAACCUAUUGGUUGUCUCGUUUCUUUGCAGAUAUGUGGAUGCUCUUCCCAAAGGAGGAAGAGUAUAUCGAAUGGUUCAAAAAAGCUGGAUUCGAAGAUAUUCAGCUCAAAAGAGUUGGUCCAAAAUGGUUCAGAGGGGUCCGUCGACAUGGGCUGAUCAUUGGAUGCUCUGUAACAGGAGUGAAAUCAAUGCCAGGAGAUUCUCCUCUAGAGCUUGGUCCAAAGGUAGAGGAUGUGAAGAAGCCUGUGAGUGCUUUUGUGUUCCUUCUACGUUUUCUUAUCGGUUUCAUGGCAUCGGCAUAUUAUGUUCAGCUAACUACAUACAUGUGGCUCAAAGAUAAGAUUGUUCCCAAAGGUGUGCCUAUUUGAUCAUAUGAGAGAGGGAGUAUGUGUUUCCUUUUUCCUGUUAGCUAGCCUUGAUGUAAUAAGACUGCCACGAAAUGGUGAUGGACUGUGUUUCCUUUUAUGUAAUUUCCUGCAUGUAGGCCCUUUGGUUGGGUUUAUUGUACUUUGUCCCUUUCUUUUCAAUAAAUGAUAUUAUCUAUCAAUAAAAAGUUCCAAGA